AUGUCCUCUCAAGACAACUCCCCUGCCUCCGCCUCGGGCUCUGGCUCCGAGCUUAUCCCCCACAACACUCUUCUCGGUCUGCCAGAAGAGCUCCAGGCACUGAUCGCCAAAGCUCUAAGCGACGAUAUCGACGUAAAAGUCGAUGUGUUGUGUGAGCUCAUGCUAGCAUGCUCCAAAAUGUGCCGGAUCGUCCGUCCAUAUGUCCUCCGUGCCAAAAACUUUAGAGCCUUUCGACGGGCUGUUGAGUCGGCAUAUCUGCCGAUGAUGCGUCUCUGUGACGAACAUCGCGCAGCCCCAGUCGAAAUGAGCUGGCCUGUUAGACCUUCGUGGAGGGAGUAUCGACCUAUCGAUGCUCUACUCCUCAACCUGGACGAGCAGCAUACUAGUCCGCGAAGCGAACAGAUGCAGCAGGUAAUUCGGGCAAGCGUCUACGUGGCUCUUCAGUGGCUCCUCGAGAAGCGCGCUGACGGGGAAGCGAACUUGGUGAGUGAAUCCCUCAACGGCUUUCGCUAUCAGCGGUUGGAUAUGGGUCUUGGACACAUGCCCACAAGGCUCCUGAAGCAACUCCAACUUGACAUCGCUAGACCUGGGAUUGACAUGUAUCUCUACAUGAUUGAGCUGAUGAGUAGCUAUGGUUUUCCAAACCCAACUCGGCCCAACGCCCUCGACGGCGUGCUAGCUACCGACACGUCCCCUUUCUACCAUCCGGUGUGCAACUGGGCGGACACGGAGCCAUAUCCCUUUGUUGAAGGUGCAAUUACAGAGACGUAUUUCACCGAGCAUCCAUUGGACCUGGCUCUCAAGUCGCACAUUCCGCCUCGUCUGUUGGAGUUGAUGCUACAGGAGUAUGCCAGUCGAGACGUCAGCCUACUAAGCUUAUACAACGAGUGUCCAGAAGGGCUCAAGAAGACUUGCAAGGGAAAGAGGCCUCGUGUAGACGAUGAAUGGGUAGGUGUCAGUUCGAUUGGUACCCUUAUCGGAACGCUUCAUGCUGAUUUGCACAGCCCAUCGGUGACCCGUUGGAGGGCAUCGUAUCCUGGAGAAGUCGCUGACAUUUUCCGACAGAAGCUCGACAUCAUGAUUGAGUACGAGAUGAUUGACGUGCUCGAGCAGGCCCUUCUCAAGAGUAUUCUUGCAGCUCUAGACACCAUCACAGCGCAAAUCACUGCAGAUGGGUGUAUAGUGCCCAUGCAGUUCAUGCGCUCGUGGGUGGCGCUAUGCAACGCAGUUCGACCCUACUGCGCGGAUGAGUAUGAGUUCAUGCAGGAUAUAAGCCGCACAAUUCAUCGUAAUGGACCUGGUCGCGUCCAUGAAUUCGCUAUUGAUACCGAAUGGAACCCAUGGUACAUGUGGUUUGUGUGGUUCGAUGCAUGCAGACGUCGUGAUCUGACAAUCUGGAACAUCAGCGGAGCUACAUUCCACGAGAACAGACGGUAUUUCUGGCAGAAGCACCACGGCUAUGAGAUUGAGUUUAUCCUCGGGUACUUUGACCGUGAUCAGGUCCAGCCUUGGUACGAGGUUGAUGUGCUCGAGUGGUGUCAGCAAAUGUCAGCAACUUUUACUGCCGACGGGGUCCCAAAUGAUCUAAAGGAUGACUUCGAAACUUGGUGA